AUGGAGGCCGAUCCUAAGGUGGUUUUGGAGUGGUUGGGCGCAAAGAAUGGCGAGCUUCGAGCACUGCAGUUAACAGCCCUUGAGCAAUUGUGUAACGAAGUGCUCUUUUCGGAUAAUAUUGACGUCUUCUGCGAGCGCUACNAGCGCUACCCUCCAAGAUGUUUUCUUCCGGCAUUGUGUAGAAUUUUUCUUGAUAAUCAGGCUCCACCAGACGUCUUGGAGGCUAAUGCCAGAGCUGUUUCGUAUUACAUUGACAUGCAUCUCGAAUGGUGUAAGUAUAUAACCCAAUCCGGUGAAGUACUUCGUGCCUUGGGCACUCACUUAGAGUGCGUGAAUAUGACUUCAGCGAAAAGCAAUGAAUUCGGUCAACAGUUGAUUAAAUUAAUGAAGAUAAUUUGCAACUACGAUCCUGCUGCCCUGUAUACAAAUGGUGGAUUGACCGCCGUCCUCCAAUUCGUCCGUGCGAAUCUGCCACUUCUCCAUACCGACGUCCUUCAAGCUGGAAUGGAACUCAUCCGCAAACUGUUCAGCAAGGCUGAUCCGUCGGACAGUAAUUUGAAGACCUGGAUAGAAGCUCUCAGUGCUUUGUUGGACUAUCGCGAGACUGGGGUAGCGGAUCAAACUUUGAGGGCAUUCGCUAAUCUGGUCGCACGUUUUGCGCAUUCGGGAACUGACCCUAGUCCGUUGGCGCAUCCGCACAUUAUUGCUUGUCUGCUCCACCGUCUGCGUGUGGCUGGAGGCGUUGAACAAACGGCCCAGAUAUCCGAACUAAGCACGUUCGGCACAACUGAAGCAGGAACUUCUUUGGAUGUUGGCGAAACACAGGCCGUGCGUGAGAAUGUCACAACAAGCGCCGAAAGUAAUCCGGCGGUUGUUCAAGCGGUGACUAACAUCCUGAUCACACUUUGUUGCAGUUCCAGCACCCUGACCCAAUCACUUCUCACUAGUGACGGUCAGUUUGCAACUACUUUGGCUAUGGUGCUUCAGCGCAGCGAGGACGAGACGGUAGUUUUGAGUGUUUUGCGUUUGGUGAACAUUUUGCUCGUGUUACUUUAUCAAAAUUCCGAUAAGCGUUCCUUCGGAGACAGUCAAUCCCUGCUGGAAUCAGAAACUAAACCUUGUUCGCCACAGACUCCUUCAUCGGCAACCUUACAAUCAGAUUCAUGUACUACAGUUUGCGAGGGUUCAUCCUCUACUUCACUUUCACCUGCGGCGGCUAUUGUCGCGACAGAAGCUGAUUCGUCCAUGCAGUCCACUGAAAGAAAUCAAAAAGCACAAGAGUCCACCUCACCAGUAUCUCGCAGUGAACCGUUACCUGUGAAUGCACCGUCGACUCCGACCACACAGAACCCCAGUGAUCGAGAUUUGUUGCACCGUUCUGUGAUUGAGGCGAUAAAAAAUCAAGACUUUGACUUCCUGAAAGCCCAAGUAGAUUCGGGUAAAAUUGAUGUGAAUUACACUGAUCAUUUGGGUCAAACGUUGCUAAAUUGGGCCGCCUCCUUCGGCACACCGGCCAUGGUCGAUUUCCUUUGCAGCCGUGGAUCGAAUGUCAACCAGGGUGUUCGAAGUCCGUUGGACUACGCGGCCACUUUUGGUCGCGUUGAGGUAUGUCGGACGCUGUUGGCUCGAGGUGCCGAUCCCAAUCAACGGGACGAUCAAGGUAGACGGCCAAUAGAUCGAGCACGGGAGCAAGUAUUGUAUCCAGGCUGUCAGCAAGUGGUUGAUCUGUUGGAAAUGGAGACCAGGCGUUCAAGCAGUCGUGUUACUUCAAAGAUCUCCCAAAUGCGAGUCAGUGACACAUCAGACCAAGAUGCCCAGCCAGUCUCGAAGAAAUCCCAUACGGAAGCUCAGCGCAUUUUCGUUCAUCAGCUUUUUCCUAUGCUUGUUGGUCUUUUCAGGGACAGCGUUUCACCAAGUGUAAAUUCAGCCCGACUUUCUUAA